AUGAAAAAAUAGCAAGGAAUUUUAUAUGAGCAUGACCUCUUGCUAGAAUUGUGGGAGCUUUUAAGAUCGACAGGGGAGCCUUUCAAUUCUUUUACAAUAAAUAUAAAUGUUCCAACCAGUGCUCAUUACUCUUGGUUCUUGCUCUGCAUGAUGAAAGAAAAAGGAAUAAAAAUAAACCAGUUAGAUGAGAUCUUGACAGUUUUCGAUAUUAAAUUGGCUAAUAUGUUUAAGCAGGAUGGAUAAGAGCCCAUUAGAUUUAUUAAUAAUGAAGGAUUAGUUUAUGAGUCUCUAGCAUGCUUUAGAAGCUCAGUCUACAAAAUGAUUUUAAAAAGCUCAAAACGUGAGGCACUAUUUAUUCCUCCGAUAAGAGUCCACAAAUUUCACACAAAUAUUGAAUUUUAAGUUUAUAAUCAAAGAGAAAUCACUUUGGAAAAUGUUCAAAAUGUAUGUCUAAAAAAUUUUGCGGAGUUAUUCAGUCAGACAAUUGACAACGAACCUUAGCUUUACUAGUUUAUGGUCGAUAAAGCUGAGUCUUUGUUUCACUUUCUUGACUUUGUGAGUAAAAAUGAACUUAGGACAUUGAUGAUAAUAUGGGUAAAUUUGCUGUUUAAAAGAUAAGAAUCCUCAGUGAAGCUGAGAGUUUAUUUUUCGAAUUUAAAAAAGGAACAAUUAGCCAAAUGA